AUGUCAGCCGUGGCACAGAUCCCAAUCACAAAGAAGAAACUGAUGGGCUAUGUUGGUUUCGCCAACUUGCCGAAUCAGGUUCAUCGAAAAUCCAUCAAGAAGGGCUUCCAAUUUACCAUGAUGGUCGUUGGUGAAUCUGGUCUGGGCAAAUCCACGCUCGUCAACACUCUCUUCAACACUCCUCUUUACGCCCCUAAAGAACUUAAAGAACCAAGUGUAGAACAACCCAAAACCGUCGAUAUGCAAACAGUCACUACAGAUUUGGACGAGAACGGCGUCAAAUUAAAACUGACUGUGAUUGCUACACCUGGAUUUGGAGACGCCAUGAACAAUGAUGAAUGCUGGAAACCCGUACUAGAGAAUAUCACUGCAAGAUAUGAUGCAUACAUGGAACAAGAAAACAGAGUCAAUCGAAAAAAGAUGGCAGAUACUAGAGUUCAUGCUUUGGUAUACUUUGUUGCACCCACAGGUCACUCAUUGAGACCACUGGACAUCGAAUUCAUGAAACGAUUGUGUACUCGUGUCAAUCUCAUUCCAGUGAUUGCCAAAUCAGAUACUCUGACAGAAGAGGAAGUCAAGGCCUUCAAAGCAAGAAUUUUGGAGGACCUGGCCUUCCACAAGAUUGAAACAUGGACUCCUCCAAUGUAUGAUAACGAUGAUAAUGACACGGUUCAAGAAAACAAGGAAAUCAAGUCACGUAUUCCGUUCGCAGUAGUCGGUAGCGAGAAGGAAUAUGAUGUGGCAGGUCGAAAAGUCAGAGGUCGCAAAUAUCCUUGGGGAAUCAUUGAAGUGGAUAAUGAAGAUCACUGUGAUUUCGUCAAACUCCGUCAAAUGCUUGUUCGAACACAUAUGGAAGAAUUGAGGGAAUUCACGGAUGAAAUGUUGUAUGAGAAUUACAGAUCUGAAAAGUUGGCUCUGCUAGCCUCCAAGAAGGGACCUGCUGGAGCUACGGGCAAAUUUGAUGAAGAAAAAGCUGCUCACGAGCAAAAGAUGUCAAAGAUGGAAGCCGAAAUGAAGGCAGUCUUCCAACAAAAGGUUGCCGAGAAAGAAUCCAAGCUCAAGCAAUCUGAAGAAGAGUUGUACGCGCGGCAUAAGGAGAUGAAGGAGAACUUAGAAAAGCAACGAUUAGAAUUGGAAAACAGAAAGAAACAGUUGGAAGGUGGAAAACAACCUGGUACUCCAGAAAAGGCAAGCGUGAAGGAUUUGAAUGGUUUUGCCAGUUAUACGUCGCCUGGGUCUCCGAAUGGGUUAGAAUUCAAGUCAAAGAAGUAG